AUGACCACGUUCGCCAAACAGGCUACGUUGCCAAGUCUCCCUGUGCCACCGCUCAAAGAUUCUUUGGAGAAAUACGUCGAAUCAGGUUUGUUGGCAACUUUUAAGUUUCAAAAAAAAAACCAAAGUGAACGCUGGUAACAAAAAACCUCAAAGUUGAGCUAAAAAUUUCUUCUUUGAUUUUUUUUUUCUCGCGUCAGAGAGUUCACAAGAAAAGCGGUAAAAUGUGAUGGUUUUUUAAAGAUAUUCAACUAGUUCAUUCCCUCUUUAGACUAUGGUAUUGUUAGCCUAGUGUAAUGAAAAUUAGAUUUAAACUUUGCACCCCUGUAGUUUACUUUGAUUCAAACCAUCAUUUUUUAGUCAGAGACCAUGUUUUGCACUUUGCCAACGCUUCGAUAAUGAUUCAAGGCUUGAUAAGGCCGCAAUCACUCUCUCCGUCAGUUCCGUGUUUUCCAGCGAAUGUACUUCUGUCGCCAGAAGAGCAGCGAAGACUCCGCCAAAAUGUCGACAAAUUUGCUGGCAGUGAACUUGCGGUGCAGCUUCAGGCGGCUCUAGAGAAAAAGGCGUUGAAUGAAAGAAAUUGGGUCAGAAUUUCCCUUCUCAUUUGGAGUUUCUCAAUCUUCCGAAGUCGCUGACAAUUCUUCAAAAAAAAAACCAUUUUAUUUUUUGCGGUGGUCUAAGAAACCCAACUUAAAUGCGCGAACACUCGAAAAAUUAGAAAUUUCGGAAAAUGGGACAAGUCUGCCUUCGGGAAUAUUUAGAAGACGUGUUUUCGGUCCCAUUCUUCUCGGUUCGGUUUUUGUGGCACGCAAGGUUAAUUGCACGUCAUUUUGCUACGUGUUUUUUGACUGGUGACUUUAUAAGGAAAAGUUGAGAAAAGAAAUAGGGACGGGAUUUAUGUAAUCAAAGUUUUACAAGCUUAACAAUAAUGUUGGGUAGCGAUGGAAAUGCAUCUUGUCCUUCAGACCAUAUACAAAACUCUCUGCCUCAGUUCGUCUAGAAAUCGGAAGAUUUACAGCUAGAAGAGUGGUGGUACGAUGCGUAUAAUGAGAUCCGAGAGCCUCUGGAGCCGUUCGUCAGUUUCGCAGCGCUGAACUCUCAUUUCGUGUCGUUGGAAGGCAGCCAGCUCUGCCGCGCCGCCGACGUCCUUCACCUCUGGGCGCGCGUCUGGCACAAAAUCCGCAGGUUUCGUUUCUUCAUAUCUCACCGCCAACAAGUGUUCGAAUCAAAAUAAACUUAGUAAAGCCUUUUUUCGAUUCGAAGCGAUAGUUUACGUGCUUUUAAUAUGCUUUAAUGUGAAGGAUUUAAAAAUCCCGUAAACUAUAUAUAGCUUCGAAUCGAGAGUUCCAAGGGACUUACCAAAUUUUUUGUUUUUUCAGCGAGCAAUGGCCGGUCACGGCGAGUCGUGGAGUCGUAUGGGAUAUGUCGCAAUUUCACAAUCUUCUAAAUAGUCGACGAACGCCAAAAGCUCCUAAAGACGUUAUCGAGAGAAGUUUCAAAACAAGUUUGAUGGGGCUGAAUGGAUUGAAAAUUUUUGUGAACCUCAGAAUCCGAAGGGAAAUGUCCAAGUGGAGCGGUUGUCAAUUGUCGAGGCGUGUUAUGGCUUAUAAAUUUAGUAGAUUCAGCGGAAAAUGUCAAGUCUCCCGAUGAACUUUACAAAGUGAGUAUAAGUUUGAGACUUUUUUUCGCAAGACCAAUUUAGGUGCUCGAUUUCAUCGCGAAAAAUUCAAAAAGAAAUAACUCCUGUGUAUCAAUUCUGACGACGUCUCAUCGGGACACUUGGGCUGAAGUUUGUUUCGAAGCCCUCAAAGUGAUACAUUUGUUGAGUAUUCGAAUUUCAGAACAGAGCCAAGCUGAUUGGGAUUAGUAAACAGAACGAAGAGUUGCUGCAAAGUCUCGAAGAAAGCGUUUUGGUGCUCACUCUGGCAGACAAGUCUUUAGCCGAUCAUCAGAAUGUUUGUCAAGUCAGAUAAAUGUUGUUAUUUUGGAACGACAGACGAUGCGAGACGUCUUCAUGGACGAGAGUUGGUACGUUUGGCAGGACAAGAGCCUCAACGUCGUCAUCUAUGAAGAUGGUCAGAACGCAACACAUGGAGAGGUUCACCAAAUAAGGAUUUAUUUUUUCAAAAAGGCUACUCAGCAUUCAAACGUUGACGCAAUCGUAGUUCUGCAAACGAGUGACGAAGUGGCUACGAAAGUUAGGAAAGAACUGUGGAUCCCGGAAGACGUCGACUUCGAGAUGCCGCAGAGGCUCGACUUCGAGCUUGACCAAGCCCUUCGAGAUGUCAUUUCAGAGGCUGACCAGACGUUCCACAAAACAGUUGGUUUUUAAUAGUUUCCGAGCUUGAAGCGGAUAAAUCAUAAUAUUUUUCAUCCAGAAAGAAGCUUUUCGAGCGAGAGUAGUUCAUUUUCGUGGCUACGGCAACGACAAAUGCCGUGCUUCCAAACUCUACACAGACACUUUGGUUCAAAUCGCUCUACAGCUGGCGUUUGUCAAAACCCACGGAUUGUGAGCUAGAAUAGGUACUUUGAAAAAAAAAGGAAGUUUCAGUCUUGCUCCGAUCUACGAAACAGCGUCUACGAGGAAGUUUUUCCAUGGACGGACGGAGACUGUCCGAGGCUGCACUAGACAAUUCUCAGCUUUUGCGAAGAAAGUCUUCGAAAAUGCUCCGGUACCUUAUUUCGUGACCAAAACUUUUUUAAACAUGGGGUUUUUUUCUGUUUCUAAAAUGAUUUUCUCCUCAAAAAAAUCAGAAUUAAUUGAAACCCUUGAAACGUUUUUUUUCGGGAGUUAAAAGGAAAAAACUGACUGCAACUCCUUUCAGUUGACAGAGCAGCAGAAACUGUUCGGAGAAGCUGUCGCUGCUCACAACUUCCUCAUGGAAGAGUGCAUGGAAGGCCGCGGGUUCGACCGUCAUCUUUUCGGCUUGAGAAAAACACUAGAACUGUUCAACCGCGGAUGCUCACCCAAGCGUCCGCUUCCCGAGUUUCUCCAGGACGACACCUGGACCAAGGCCGGCGGCGGCGGUAACUUCCUUCUCUCUACUAGGUGAAACUCAAGUUUAUUUUUUCUAUUCGAAGACUUGUGGUUCAGUUUGACUGGCUACAUGGCCGGCGACGAGCUCGGCGCAUACGGUUAUGUCAACGCCAUGAGACCCGACGGCUAUGGCUGCUUCUACAGAAUCGGAAAAACUAGGCGAGAAUUUCCAUGCCUUGUUCCGUGUGAACCCUGUUUCUUCAGAAUAACGGUGACAGUAUCCGACUGGAAAGGCUCAAAAUCGAACAUCGACGCGUUUUGCGACGCGAUUUCCUGGGCUUUCAAUCAUUUGGAAAGUCUACUACCGGCCGCUCCCUCCAAGCUUUGA